AUGAGACUGCUGUGGUUCUACACCUCCUCCACAUGCAAGUCUCUGUCUUAUGUGGACGAUACGCAGCGUCCGAUAAACGACAUGCUACAGACAGUUCUAGUUGAGCAUGCCUUUGAGGCGCCCUUCCUGAUGAACUCGAUCCUUGAGCUCGCGAGCCUUCAUAUGCAGAGCCUGGGACAGGCAACGGAGCCGACCCGUGCUCUAGUGUAUCAGGCCAGGUCCGUUGAAGGGUAUCGCAAGGCCAUCGAGGAUGCGAAGCCAAGCACGUAUGGGGCUCUUUUGGCCAACUCCGUACUGCGACCUAUUCUUUCGACGCACUCGUUUGAAGAAGUAUCGUCCAAUCAUCUCCACAUCCUGGACUGGAUGCUUCUAUGGCGAGGUGUGGAAUCCAUCAUCAACAUCACCAGCGCAUCAUCUAUCAAGACGACUGGAAUGGCACCCUUAUUUUCACGACCGCCCAUGGAUCUAACUGCAUCUACCGCCGCAAUUCCUAAGGACUUACUCCUCAUGAUAUCAUUUGUAGAACGGGACGAUCCUGACUUCGCCGAACUCCAAGCAUAUCAGAACGGCCUAAGGGCAUUGGGUUGUCUGUUCGACAGCCUGGGCCGGGGUAUUGACUCUGUCAUGCUUCUGCGCAUCAUCACCUGGGGCACCGGAGCGGUAAAUGGUAUCGUUGACCUGGCGAGGGCUAGGAGACCGAGGGCUCUCGUGAUAAUUGCACACUAUGCCUGUUUUCUGAAACUACUGCAGGGCGUAUGGUGGCUAGCAGGCUUCGGUCAACAGUCCCUAAAGGCCAUCUGCCAUGAGCUUGGUCCUGAGUGGCACUCGUUUCUGCGUAUUCCGUUGUCAGCAAUGCAAGUAGAUGAUCACUCAGAUCUAUCUUCUUUAUUGCUAGGCGCUGUACAUCGAUAG